AGUUUUCCAUUCAUGGUGAUUUUCUCUUUCGAGUACACCUGACCAUUUUUCCAUUUCCAGUCAGAGACUUGACUUCAAAGAUUUUGAGAAUGACUACCAUGUGGAAGCUGAUGGCUCUUGCAGCUGUGUUUGUGACGGUUUCAUCUUCGAUUCUAAUGGAGUCCGAUCUCGAGGUCCUGCCGUCUAAGGAUGAACAGCUGUUGGAACUGUUGAGUGAGGAGUUGGCUGAGAUGACCCCACAAGAAAUCGCCCAGUUUCUCCUUAUCGACUCUCAGUUUGUAAGUGUUUCAGAAGUCACGGGUGAAGGAGUUACAGGUAAAUGCACGCUAUCUAAAGCCGCACUCUCAGCUGAGUGCUGCGCCAAAUUGUCUUUCAGCGCCCUGGGAAGCCACCACGCUCUCAGUGCGUGCGCUGUCAUCAAGGUUCUUAAAGAGGAAUUAGGUAUUCACCUCCACAUAACCGCCGCUGGUAUGACAGUUUACAACAAAAAGGUGUCAGUCCGUGACAAUACCUCCAUUUGCGUAGGCGUCCCUAAAGUGAAAGUGGCUCAAAUGUGCCUGGACCUUAAUGACGUCCAAUGGAAAAACGGCUUCCAUACAUGCGUUAAUCUCAAAGUUCGUAUCCCUUUGAAGACUCUAGCAAAUGUUCGUCUGGGAUGCAUUGACUUGUAAAGAAGUUGACCUAACUAACCAACUCUUAAAGAAAGCACUUCGAUCGUAAUUAUUACAUCAAAAUUAGAUUACACUAACCUGCAUGUUUUGCUUCUCAAGUCUAUUAAAGUGUGACUAACACAUCUUUGCUAUAGUUCAAGUAUUUCCACAAUAAUUGCACAAAUCAAAAUCUUUUGGAAGAAUACGUUUGACUCAGGCUAGCGUUAAGCUGAGUAUUUCGCACUUUUAUUUCAAAAAUUAAAUGAUUUUCUUCACAGUAAACAGCAUCUGGAGCACCCCGUAACAUUUAUGUCGAUAUAAAUUCCAGCAAAACUUUCCCUGUGAGGUUACAAAAAAGGGGUGUUUAGUUUCUUUAUAGAAAGUAGUCUUGCAGCGACUCUAUGGAGAGUCGACUUAUCAAAUGAAAAGAAAUUACGUAUACAUUAACUACCCUGUAACAAAUGCACGUCAGUGGUUGUUAUACAACGAAACUUUCAAGCUAAAUGACCUUGUUCAAAACAAUGCCUCCCAUUAUGUAUGAAUUGUAAAAGUAAUUAAUAUUUCACCUCUGGCAAUUUUUUUUCCUAAAAUGCAUAGAGUGAAAAGUGAAAAGUUGGAAAAAAUCACAGAUUUCUAAUAGGGGAGACGGGUGGUGGGCACAGGCAUCCGCUUUGACACCUGCCCUGGUUGUUACGUCACUGACUGAGGUCAGUGGGUUAGACAUUUUUAUUUGAGGUUUAACAGCAUUUAUUAUGCUUUGUUGACAUAUUACCAUUGUUAUCACUAUUUAUUUUGAAAAGACUGCCAGUCAUAGUUUGUUCUGCUCACUGGUAAGCUGGUAUCACAACUGCCAAUGGCAGCCUCUAAGUUUACCCUAGUCUAACAGCCGUUAAAAGUUUAAUGUCUUGCACUCCUGUCGCUGUCUCCUUUGCUACAAUAGCAUCAAAACAGGAAUAUAACACACAUUUCAAACUCAAGUCGUGUAUUUUCAUCAUAAUAUCCUCAGUCAGUUUGUUGUGGAAAAUGAGCAACAUUAGCCUGAAGUCAGUACGCUAGGAACAAAGUAUAACUUUAAGUUAUGCCUCCAUGGCUGUUUAAGUUUACAAAUAUUUUUUUGGUCUGCCUGUUAACAGCAAGAGAGCAAGAAAUUGUCAGGUGUUAUUUAAGAGACACGUUGGAUCUUCUGGAAAGUAGAUAAAGAAUAUGAAUAAUGAAAUAAAUAUAAUGAGCUCCAAA